AUGGCACCCUCGGCCCCUCACAUAUCCAGCCAGCUGCGGCAACUGAUAUACUACCAUCUCGAUAACAACCUCAUCCGCAAUGCCCUCUUCCUUGCCGGCCGCCUCCACGCCUUCGAGCCACGAUCAUCGGAAGCUUCCUACCUCCUUGCCCUCUGUCAUCUCCAGAGUGGCCAGUCCAAGGCUGCGUGGGAAUAUAGCAGGAAUUCGGGUUCCAGGGGAACGCAUGCUGGCUGCUCAUAUGUCCAUGCGCAAGCUUGUUUAGAUCUGGGGAAGUACAUUGAAGGGAUCACUGCCUUGGACAGGAGUAAAAGCCUUUGGGCUAACAAGAAUAAUUGGAAUAAGCAUAGCGAAACACGAAGACAACACCUGCCAGAUGCCGCUGCAUGUCUUUGCUUACAGGGAAAAUUAUGGCAUGCACAUCAAGAUCUACAUAAAGCAGUGGAUUGCUAUGUUGAAGCUUUGAAAUUAAACCCUUUCCUUUGGGAUGCAUUUCUAGGUCUUUGCCAAACAGGUGCCAAUAUCCGGGUUCCCAACAUAUAUAAGAUGUCCCCAGAAAUGUUAGCAAUGCUCCCUUCGUCGCCAAUCACAGAAAAUCCUCCGACACUCGAGAAGGCUGCACAGACAAAUGGACCCCUGCAGGUACAACCAAACAUAAACCAUAACGUAGAUCCAUUUACAUCGUUCAGUGCUCGCGUUGAUGCUGCAAAUGGUUCCUCCGCACUCUGGGAAAAGCUAAAUGGCAGUAAUGUCAGUGUUUCUAUCGGUGCUCCCGCACCGGAAGGUUUGGAAACUCCUGUCGCCCAAAGCGAUUCGGACGACUUUCGUGCAGGUGGCAGCGGUGGUGCAACUUCUGGUGACCCAUCAUGGGAACCCCCUUUUGCACCUGGGAGGAAGAAUAGAAAUAUUCAGACGCUGGGUUUGGAUUAUGGGGUAGAUCCAACCCCAAAAAUGAAGACUACAUCAACGAAAUCCAGAAAUAAACCCAGGGUAGAUCCGGAAGAUGCAUAUCAUAUCGCAGUCUCAAGAGAAACAGCCCCGCCAGCAUUUGGAGGAGGUGAGCGGAAAAGAACAGUAUCCGGUCAAGUUGCCCACCAAACAGCCACACAGACUUCCGAGCCAGGAGCUCCACAACGACGUAGUGUACGGCUCUUUAACCAGAUUCGCCCCACGACUAGCAAAUUUUCAGCCUCGGGGACGUUUGGGGUUCGGGAAGGUCGAGAGAUUAAAAAGGUGAAGGCGACAGGCGCAAAAGGGCGUAACCCUUCUUGUUCAACUAUGGGACGGGUCGUGAGCGGUAAUCGCAAAGCUGCCCCUGAUGGGAUGGACAUUGACGGCAAAGAGAGUCGAGGGGUUCCUGCUUCCGCUGUCACGAACGGUGCGGUUGGUGGACACUCCAAGCACGCAGCGACGGAUAAAUCAAAGGAUGUCGAAGCUCUCAAUUGGAUUUUAGAUCUUUUUGUGAAACUUGCAGAAGGUUACUCGGCACUCACGACAUAUAAAUGCCAGGAGGCUAUACAGAUAUUCAAUUCUCUCCCGCAAAGCCAGCGAGAAACCCCAUGGGUUUUGUCGCAGAUAGGUCGAGCGUAUUAUGAACAAGCGAUGUAUGUUGAAGCCGAAAAGUAUUUCAUCCGUGUUAAAACCAUUGCGCCGUCGAGAUUAGAGGAUAUGGAGGUUUAUUCAACUGUUCUGUGGCACUUGAAAAACGAAGUGGAAUUGGCUUAUCUGGCACACGAACUGAUGGAGAUCGACCGCCUAUCACCACAGGCAUGGUGCGCCAUCGGCAACUCCUUCUCUUUGCAAUCCGAUCAUGACCAGGCGCUUAAAUGCUUCAAACGGGCCACGCAACUGGACCACAGCUUCGCCUACGCCUUUACAUUGCAGGGACAUGAAUACGUCUCCAACGAAGAAUACGAUAAAGCCCUGGAUGCCUACCGGUACGGCAUCAGCGCUGACAGCAGACACUACAACGCCUGGUACGGCAUUGGCAAAGUCUACGAAAAAAUGGGCAAAUACAAGUUUGCAGAACAACACUACCGUACCGCCUCCAGUAUCAAUCCGACCAACGCCGUGUUAGUGUGGUGUAUAGGUCUCGUGCUGGAGAGGAUGGGAAACCAGAAGGCUGCGCUGUUGCAGUACGGACGGGCCUGUACACUUGCGCCGCAGUCCGUGCUUGCCCGCUUGCGCAAAGCUCGGGUUUUGAUGAAGCUGAAUGAGCUUAAGCUAGCGCAGGUUGAGCUUGGGAUAUUGAAAGAUUUAGCGCCCGAUGAGCCGAAUGUGCAUUAUUUGUUAGGGAAGUUAUAUAAAAUGCUGAAUGAUAAGGGGAGUGCGAUUAGGCAUUUUACAACAGCGUUGAAUUUAGAUCCGAAGGCUGCGCAGUUUAUAAAGGAUGCAAUGGAAUCGUUGGAGAAUCCUGAGGACGAUGAUGAGGAUAUGGGAUGA